AUGAGUAACGCUGGGCCUACCAGUUUUGAGGAGUGGUUAAUGCACGAACGAGUGGGUACUGUAAAGCAACCAGGGCAGCAGGAGGAAGAUAGACCCAAGUGGUAUGAAUCAGGACAAUCGGCGCCUUCUUCUGUGACAACCUCAUCGGCUGGCUCUCCUGUUGAUCAGUUUGCUUCAUUAUUUGACGCUAAUGCAACGUUGGGACAGCAGUCGGACAGUGAGACACUGUUCGCGACGUCCAACGAAACCUCGUUGAUGAAUUCACCUACAUUGGUUAAAAAAGAACAGGCAGAAGCCGACUUGCAGUUUAUAUCUGAGCUCGUGUCAAUGGCACUUGAUUUCGGCAGUUUGGAAGAUGGACAGACACCAGCAAAUGCUGAUGCUGCUGCUGCCAAGCAAAACACCGUGCAACAGAGAAAACCUAGUAACGAACAUAGUAAUGACCAUCACGAUGAUGACUACUCCAGUAAUGAUGAUAAGAAUGAUAAUGAUAAUGAGUGGGGGAACAAUAAAACGUCCACAGUCACACCACGAAAAGAACGCACUGCAGCGCAGUCUAAACGUAAACGGGGGCCACGCAAACGGUUGACACCGCACCAAAAGGAAGCACAUAACAAAAUUGAGAAACGCUACAGAAUAAAUAUUAACACGAAAAUCGCCAAGCUGCAACAGAUUAUUCCAUGGGUAGCUUCCGAGGAAACCGCAUUUGAGGUGGGCGAUGAUCUGAGGCCUAAAAUUACUCCCUCCUGCAUGAAUGUCCGCGGAUCGUCCGCCGCUGCUGCCGCCGCCGCUGCCGCAGGCACACCAAAACUCAACAAAAGCAUGAUUUUGGAGAAAGCAGUUGACUACAUUCUCUACUUGCAAAAUAACCAAACACUCUACGAAUUGGAGGUCCAACGACUUAAAAAGGAGUUGGAGACUUUUAGGUCCCAUUGUUAA